UGCUACACUUCUCCAAGCUCCGAUGGCGACAUUGCAGUUGCAGGCUCCCUCGUUUCAUGCUCUGUUUCUUUUCUCCCUGUUCUUCUUUGGUUUCUGUAAUUUCGGCGUGAAAUCAGCCGACGCCCUUCCAUCAAAGAAAAUUGGCAAUGGCUACCGUUUGAUUUCCGUCGGCGAGGCCCCCGGUGGUGGCAUUCUCGGCUUCCUCCAAGUUAACGCUGAAAGUCAAGUUUACGGCGCCGAUAUCCCCUUCUUGCAGCUCUUUGUGAAGCAUGAAACAGAGCAACGUUUGAGAGUCCAUAUCACGGAUGCGAAGAAGAAGCGAUGGGAAGUUCCGUACAAUUUGUUACCGAGACAAAACCCUCCGCCGCCGAGAGGGGCUGUCGUUUUCCCCAAAAACAACGUAACCGUUUCAGAAAAUGCCGGGUCGGAGUUGAUUUUCAGUUAUUCCGCUGACCCAUUUAGCUUUACGGUGAAGAGGAAGUCAAAUGGGGAGACCCUUUUCAAUUCGGGUAGCGAUGAAUCCGACCCAUUUAACAGCCUGGUGUUUAAGGACCAAUAUUUAGAAAUUUCGACCAAAUUGCCGGAAAGCGCAGCGUUAUACGGGCUGGGGGAGAACACGCAGCCGAAAGGGAUGAAACUGCAGCCCAAUGAGCCUUACACUCUUUACACCACCGACGUGGCGGCGGUGACUUUGAACACCGACCUCUACGGGUCCCACCCGGUGUACAUGGACCUGAGGAACGGCGGCGGCGGAGGGGAAGCGAACGCUCACGGCGUUUUGCUUCUGAAUAGCAAUGGGAUGGAUGUAUUUUACAGAGGGAACUCGUUGACAUAUAAGAUAAUUGGCGGUGUUUUGGAUUUGUACUUCUUCGCAGGGCCGUCGCCAUUGAGCGUGGUUGAUCAGUAUACAGCAUUUGUGGGGCGGCCGGCUCCCAUGCCUUAUUGGGCUCUCGGGUUUCACCAGUGCCGAUGGGGCUACCGGAACCUCUCCGUCGUGGAAGACGUCGUGGAGAAUUACAGAAAGGCCAAGAUCCCACUCGAUGUAAUAUGGAACGACGACGACCACAUGGACGGCCACAAAGAUUUCACUCUCAAUCCCAUCAGUUACCCUCAUCCAGCUCUGUUAUCAUUUCUCAACAAAAUCCACAGCUCCGGCAUGAAGUACAUUGUCCUAAUUGAUCCUGGAAUCGCCGUUAAUUCCACCUAUGCCGUCUACCAAAGAGCCCUUGCGAAAGACGUCUUCAUCAAACACCAAGGCCACCCUUAUUUGGCCCAAGUUUGGCCUGGCCCCGUCCACUUCCCGGACUUCCUCAAUCCCGCCACCGUCUCUUGGUGGGCCGAUGAGAUUAGCCGGUUUCACCAACUCGUUCCGGUGAAUGGCCUUUGGAUUGAUAUGAACGAAGCCUCCAAUUUCUGUACCGGAAAAUGCACGAUACCGGUGGGGAAACAGUGCCCCAAUGCUACUGGACCCGGGUGGAUUUGUUGUUUGGAUUGUAAGAACAUAACAGACACAAGAUGGGAUGACCCACCUUACAAAAUCAACGCAUCCGGACUGCAGGUUCCGAUUGGAUACAAAACAAUCGCUACAAGCGCUGUUCAUUACAACGGCGUUUUGGAAUACGACGCUCACAGUCUCUACGGGUUUUCGCAAGCAAUUGCCACACACAAGGCCCUUCAAGGGCUCGAAGGAAAACGCCCCUUUGUCCUCACACGCUCCACGUUCGUCGGUUCUGGCAAAUACGCCGCCCAUUGGACUGGUGACAAUCAAGGGACGUGGCAGGAUUUGAAAUACUCCAUUUCCACUGUCCUCAAUUUCGGUAUCUUCGGUAUCCCUAUGGUGGGGUCUGAUAUUUGUGGGUUCUAUCCAGCGCCAACGGAAGAGCUUUGUAACCGUUGGAUUGAAGUUGGAGCUUUUUACCCUUUCUCUAGAGAUCAUGCCAAUUUCUAUUCUCCUAGACAGGAGCUUUACCAAUGGGAAUCAGUGGCUACCUCUGCUAGAAAUGCGUUGGGAAUGAGGUACAAGAUUUUGCCAUAUCUUUACACUUUGUCGUAUGAAGCUCAUAUCAAAGGGGCCCCAAUUGCAAGGCCACUUUUCUUCUCGUUCCCGAAUUACGCCGAGUGUUAUGGAGUUAGCACCCAAUUUCUUCUGGGGCAGAGCUUAAUGAUUUCCCCGGUGCUCGAGCAGAGCAAAACAGAGGUCACUGCUCUGUUUCCGCCGGGGACUUGGUACGAUAUGUUUAAUAUGACGAACGUGAUCAUGUCCAAAAAGGGGCGUUAUAUGACACUCCAUGCACCCCUUCAUGUGAUUAAUGUUCACUUAUAUCAGAACGCCAUAUUGCCAAUGCAGCAGGGUGGGAUGAUUUCUAAGGAAGCUCGAGCGACGCCGUUUAGCCUCGUUGUCACUUUCCCCGCCGGCGAAUCUGACGGCGAGGCUAGAGGGUAUCUGUUUUUGGACGACGAUGAGCAGCCGGAGAUGAAAAUUGCAAAGGGUACUUCGACGUAUGUGGAAUUUUACGGUGUGAAGAAUAACGGCCGUGUUAAGAUUUGGUCGGAAGUUGCAGCAGGGCAGUUUGCUUUGGACAAAGGGUUGAUUGUUGAGAAAGUUACAGUUUUGGGGUUGGAUGGAAGUGGGAAGGCGAAGGAGGUCUCUGUGGAUGGAGCUCCGGUGGCGGCGGGAGUUUCGGCCUCGACGGUGGAGCAAAAUAUAGAGCAAGAGCCAUUGGGGGAAGAUGGUGAAAGAGGAAAAAGUUUGAUGGUUGAGGUCAGUGGCUUAUCGUUGCCAAUUGGGAGAAGCUUCAAGCUGUCCUGGCAAAUGGGCUCUUAAAUUUGAAGUCCACCAUGGAAUCAGCUUGAUCGAACCAUGAGUCUUGUGUUUUCUUUUGUAUGUCCUCAUCUGUUGUAGUCUUCCUUUGCAUUGAUCUGUAACAUUGGGCUUGUUGUUGGGCCUUUGAAAUCUUUCAUAGAAUUCUAAUGUGGGCCUGGGCUAAUAUUCUAUGCAUACGUGUCACUUAGAAACGCAAAUAAUAAACCACGUAUU